AUGGGGAAUGUGCCAACAAAAGAAGCAAGAAGUAGGUCCAACUCGAACGUUUCUGAUUUCCACAAUGGUGGAGGAUCCAGUUCCAAUACUUUCACAACUAAUGGCUCCUCUUCAUCUUCAUCAAAUGGACGUCAUUCAAAACAUCUUCGUAAAGGGAGUAGCCUUACUGGACUUGUAAAUGGUCAUCAACGAUCAACUUCAUCUGAUUUGAGAAAAGCCAAACGUCAAGAAGAAAAAGACCAAAAGCAAUAUCAUCAUUAUAGUCAACUAAUUGUUAAACUUGAUGAAAAUGUUGAUGGUGGUUUCUUGGCACCAUAUGGAACUUAUAAAUCGAAUCUUGAUUUUGAUACUGAUAUAGUUCGAUCAUUGAUUGUUAACCGCGAAUUAUCACCAUUCUUUACUCCAUUACAAGAUUAUGAUCAGAGUUGGACCGAUGAUGAAUUAUGCAUCUUGUUAUCACAAUUGCCUUUACAUGCAUUAGAAGAACCAACUGAGUUGAAUGGUUUUGAAGAAGAAGAAGAUGCUGAUAGUCACAAGAUUCAUAAAAGUGCCAACUAUUACAAGCGACAGGAAGAGAAAGCCAAGUUGAAACUGUUGAUUUCACGGAUGAAAGAGAUUCAAAAGGAUGCAGAACAGAGAUAUAUUGAUUCAAAGGGUAAGUCAAAGCAAAUUCCUAGUAGGGAUUUAUUAUUAAGGUUAUAUCGAAAUCCGAGUGAAUGCCCAAUUUGUUUCUUGUAUUAUCCCAAACAUUUGAAUGUUUCACGUUGUUGUUUGCAACCAAUAUGUACUGAAUGUUUUGUACAAAUUAAACGUUUGGAUCCUCAUCCACCUCAUGAUGAUCCAUCAAAUCAUCAAGCUGGGGAACAACCACAUUCACUCAUUUCAGAACCGGCUAGUUGCCCAUAUUGUGCUAUGCCAGAGUUUGGAGUUACAUAUGAUCCUCCAUUAGAUAUACAUACUGGAAUAGGUGGAAUACUACCGGGAGAUUAUAAAGCAACAAGUGCUAUAUUGGAGGAUGAAGAAGGAGGUGUUACCAAUGAUAAUGAUGAAGCUGUUGCUGAUGAUGAUGAUUCUGCAAGUAGCCCCUCGCCAGUGAGGAGUAAUCGAAAGAGUAUCGGUUCUCCUAUACCCACAUCUCCACCACCUCCCAAUUCGAUGCAAAAUAAAUUGUGGCCACAAAAGAAAAAGGGUAAACAACGCACCAGAAGAAGUUCUGUAGCAGCAAAUGCACCAGGGGUGAUUACCAUAGAUAAGAUUCGACCCAACUGGGAACAAACUUUAAACAGUGCUAGAAACAAAUUGGCAAGAAGAGCAGCUACUGCAAGUGCAAUUCAUGCUAGCAAUUUGAUUAUUAAUGAUGGUGAAGGAGAGGGUUCUGGUAGCAAUAAGGGCAAUAGUAAUUCCAGAGUAAGAUCAAGCACUAUGGGAUCAUCAAGUUAUGAUGCAACUGAUUAUUCAUUGGUUGAGCAACAAAUGAUAAAUGAGGCGAUGCGGUUGUCAUUGUUGGAUGAAGAAGAAAGAAAAAGAAAAGCUGAACGGGAUCAAAAGUAG